GUCAUGGCUGGCCCGCAAAGAGCGAGCGACGACGGCGGCCGAACGGUCCAUCCGCUGGUCCUGGGACAAGCGCGCGAAGCACUGCCACCCGCGCCCGCGCACCCUGUGCCGGGUGGAAAACGCUACGGAGAGCGGCUUCGCGACCAGAGGACCGAGGGCUGAGAGGUCGCAAGACGAGGACGCCUUGAUCGACUUCGUGAUCACCCUGGCGGCGGCGCUGGCGCGCACCGAAGGGACGGCGGAACAAAAGCUAUUCGUCAUAAGGCAUGCGCACCGGAUCGUCGGGCACAGCGACCCGCUCUUGCACCGGAGAAGGCCGUGGACGACUUCGGCUGGCCUGAAGAGGCUCCAAGGUCCAAGCCACCGGCGCAAGACGCCAGUCACCCCACGGAUGCUGCUGCGGUUGAAGCAGCACAUCCAUCAGGACGCAGGCCUCGGCCCAGCGGACGCAGCCACCGCGCGCGCAGCCAUCAUGCUCGCCUUGUUGUUCCUCUUGCGAGCGUUGGAGUACUCGAUGACGGACAAGUCCUUGUCGCUGGAGAGGAAUG